UCCCCUGUCCCCAAUUUUCACAAUUUCCAGCCUCUCCCCUGUAAAAUCAUAUCGAAAACAGAGGAACCCAAAAGCAAAAAAAUAAAAUACUCCCUUCUCCCCAAACGAAAUGAAGCAAUAGAGAAUCUCUGCAUUCCUUCCUUUCUCUCUCCUCCUCUCUCUCACUACCCACAAAUGUUCUCCAACGACCCUCGCAGAUCUCACUCCUUCACUACCCACGUCUCCUGAUUCAUACCCACAUAUGUACACACCCUCUCUGUACAACCCAGUUGUUGGAAUAACUGUUAAUGGCCACAGCAACUCCCUCGGCAGAGCAUCAAAACACAGAGGUGUUUCCAUGGCUCAAAACCCUACCCCUCGCUCCAGAGUACCACCCAACCCUAGCCGAGUUCCAAGAUCCCAUUUCCUACAUUUUCAAGAUCGAGAAGGAGGCCUCGACUUACGGUAUUUGCAAAAUCGUACCCCCCUUACCCGCCGCGCCGAAGAAAACCGCAAUUGCCAACGUGAACCGGUCUCUGGCCGCCCGAAACCCUAAUAAUUCCCCCCCCACGUUCACCACCCGGCAGCAGCAGAUCGGGUUCUGCCCGCGCAAGCACCGACCCGUCUCGAAGCCCGUGUGGCAGAGCGGGGAGCACUACACCCUGCCCGAGUUCGAGGCCAAGGCCAAGAACUUCGAAAGAAGCUAUGUCAAGAAGAGCUCGAAAAAAGGGCUAACUGGUUUAGAAGUAGAAACCCUAUACUGGAAGGCUAAUGGGGAUAAACCCUUUUCGGUGGAGUACGCCAACGACAUGCCCGGUUCGGCAUUCGUGCCAGUGGUGAGUGGUGGGAGGAAUAAGAAAAGGGAGAAAACAGAGGUGGUGACGGUGGGGGAGACAGCGUGGAACAUGAGAGGGGUGAGCAGGGCAAAAGGGUCUUUGUUGAGGUUCAUGAAGGAGGAGAUACCGGGGGUGACGUCGCCGAUGGUGUAUGUGGCCAUGAUGUUUAGCUGGUUUGCUUGGCAUGUGGAGGACCAUGACUUGCACAGCUUGAAUUACUUGCACAUGGGGGCAGGGAAGACGUGGUAUGGCGUGCCAAGGGAUGCGGCCGUUGCGUUCGAGGAGGUGAUUAGGGUUAAUGGGUAUGGAGGAGAGAUUAAUCCUCUUGUGACUUUUGCUAUUCUUGGUGAGAAGACCACUGUCAUGUCACCAGAAGUACUUAUUAGUGCUGGGAUUCCAUGCUGCAGACUGGUGCAAAAUGCUGGAGAGUUUGUCGUCACUUUCCCUCGAGCCUAUCAUUCGGGUUUUAGUCAUGGAUAUAAUCUUGGAGAGGCAGCUAAUAUUGCAACUCCUGGAUGGCUGAUGGUUGCCAAAGAUGCUGCUAUUCGUAGAGCUUCAAUCAAUUGUCCUCCCAUGGUGUCUCACUUUCAGUUGCUGUAUGAUCUUGCACUAUCGUUAUGUUCAAGGAUACCCAAGAGCGUCGGUACUGAGCCACGGAGUUCAAGAUUAAAAGAUAAAAAGAAGGGUGAGGGGGAGACCCUAAUCAAAGAGCUAUUUGUGGAGGAUGUGAUGAGGAAUAAUGACCUGCUUCAUAUUCUGGGGGAAGGAUCUUCGGUUGUGCUUCUUCCGCAAAAUUCCUUAGAAGAAAUAAAAGCCUCGGAAAGUUCAGCUUCCAGAAAUAUCAUUCUAGACAGGAAACUUGGGGUUAAUCAAUUGGCAAGUUUCUAUCCAGUUAAGGGAAAAUUAUCUUCACUGCCAAACGGGAACAGGCUUUCCUUUUUAAGUGGUAGUGAUAGUGCUUGUACCUUGGCUUCUCAGACCCACAAAGUUGAUGCAGGAACAGAAAGAACUGCUCAAGGUGAUAGGUUAUCAGAUAAAGGAUUGUUUUCGUGCGUCACCUGUGGGAUUUUGAGUUUUGCUUGUGUUGCCAUUGUGCAACCUCGGGAAGCAGCUGCACAUUACCUUAUGUCAGCUGAUUGUAGCAUCUUUAAUGAUCAUUAUGUUGGUCCCCCAGUGCCUAGUGAUGGUUGCACUGUUUCCGCUGUGGCUGCAAAUCCAUCUGAGAUGAACUCUCAUUCUGCUGGACGAAUGGGAAAGAGCGUUCGGGAUGGUUUGUUUGAUGUCCCGGUUCAAGCUGCAGAUGAUAUUCAAACCGUACAACACGGUACCGAAGUGUUUAUCGAUGCUGAAGCAAAAGAAACUGCUUCUGCCCUUGGCCUUUUGGCUUUAAAUUAUGGAAAUUCCUCCGACUCUGAGGAAGAAGACAUUGAAGCAGACAUUCCUGUCUAUAGCAGCCGAACCAAAUCAAAAGACUUUGCACCAGUUGUUGGACUCCAAAGUGAAUCUAGUAGUGAUGAUGUUUCUCUCCAAGUUGUUGAUUCUUACGAGGAUGAUGGACAUCUGAUAUCUAAUUUUAGGGGUAGAUAUCAAAGUUUUGAGUGUUCUGAUGAGUUUGAAAGUGGUAAUAGGGCUUCCAAAGAGUCAAAUAGUCUUGGGAUUGGAUUUAGACAACAAAUGAAGUCAUCAGCCGCUGAUUCAAAUUUUUCCCCGCUUACCAGACAGGCAGUAAGAAGUAGUAGCAAUGCAAUUGACCCAUAUGAGAACACCACUCUGUCAUUUGCUCCAAGGUCUGACGUGGAUUCGUCUAGAUUGCAUGUCUUCUGUCUUCAGCAUGCUGUAGAAGUAGAACAGAGACUUCGUCCAAUUGGUGGAGCACAUAUAUUGCUACUUUGUCAUCCAGAUUACCCUGAGCUAGAGAAUGAAGCAAAAUCAGUGGCUGAAGAACUGGGAAUUGAUUAUUUCUGGAAUGAUGUUGGAUUCAGAGAGGCAGCUAAGGACGAUGAAGUGACGAUACAAUUAGCUCUUGAAAGUGCAGAUUCUUUACAUGGGAAUGGAGACUGGGCUGUUAAGUUAGGCAUCAAUCUCUACUACAGUGCCAACCUAAGCCGAUCCCCUCUCUAUAGUAAGCAGAUGCCGUACAACAGUAUCAUAUAUAAAGCCUUUGGACGUAGUUCUACGGUUAACUCUCCAACAAAACGCAAGGUCCACAGGAAGGGACCAGGAAAACAGAAAAAAAUAGUCGUGGCGGGAAAAUGGUGUGGGAAAGUGUGGAUGUCAAAUCAGGUCCACCCUUUGUUGGCAGAAAGAGAUACUGAGGAGGAAGAAGAUAGGGGGUUUCGUGCUUGGUCGAAACCUAAUGUUGUGAGGCAUGAGAGAGAGAGACUUUCGGAGAUCAGCCACCCUGCUGAAACGAACUCUAUGGUAAAUGCUGAGGAGGAAGAAGAAGAAGAAGAAGAAGAAGAAGAAGAGAGGGGUUUUCGUGUUUGGUCGAAACCUGAUAUUGUGAGGCAUGGGAAAGAGAGAUUGUCGGAGAUCACCCACACUGCCGAAACAAACUCUGGGAUUAGGAAGAGUGGAAGGAAGAGGAAGAGUACGAUAAAAGCAGAGGCAAAUUUGAAAGCUAAACGCCCGAAAAUGGAGGAUCCGGUUAACGAUGCAGAUGAUUCGCAAGAGGAGGCUUAUCAGAAGCAAAAGAGGAGUCUUAAAAACAAAAAAAUGGAACCAAAGACUCCUCUUCUUCUGAAAAGUCGUAUACGCAAUACGAGACAGUUUGACUCAGACAUUGAGGAAGAGGAAGAGCUGGAAGGUGGUCCCAGCAGCCGCCUGAGGAAAAGAGCCCCAAAGCUCUCAAAAGAUUUAGUAGAGAGGCCGAUUGAAUCCAAGCCGAUGUUAAAGAAGCCCACAAGUAGUAAGAAAGAGAAGAAAUCUCCAGCAGCAGCUCCUAGCAACAUGAAAGUGAGAGAGGAGGAAGGAGAGUACCAGUGUGAUGUGGAGGGAUGCGCAAUGGCUUUCAGCUCGAAACAAGAGCUUGUUAUGCACAAACGAAACAUUUGUCCGGUGAAGGGGUGCGGAAAGAAGUUUUUCUCACACAAAUACCUGGUUCAGCACCGCCGCGUUCACAUGGACGACCGCCCUCUAAAGUGCCCUUGGAAAGGGUGCAAGAUGUCGUUCAAAUGGGCGUGGGCCCGGACUGAACACAUUAGGGUUCACACGGGUGAACGACCUUAUGUUUGCGAGGAAUCGGGUUGUGGACAGACGUUCCGGUUCGUUUCGGAUUUCAGCCGGCACAAGCGGAAGACCGGACACUUGGGGAAGAAGGGAAGGAGGUAACAGAACACGAAGAGAAAGGUGUGUAAUUUGACAUUGCUGAUGAAACUGUUGUUUAGUUGACAGAGUAGGUUUAGGGUUAGAAUUUCCUGUAAUUUUUUUUUUCAGUCAUAGCACAAUUGAUUCUGUUUGCCAUCUGGGUUUUCAUUAAGCCCAUGCAUUCUCUUCGAUCAGAGCAUUUGCUUGGAUUUCAGGAAGGAAAUUGUGUAGCAUUGGACGUCCACAGCCAAAAAUUUGGUCUUGAAAUUGAAGUAGACAUGUAUCCCUUCCUUUUGAGGACUCUCAACUUUCAA